AUGCCUGCUGAGUUUAUCAGUCUUUGUUUUCCAAACCCCUCGACGGAGCUUAAGCCGAUACCGAACCUCGGAGUUGAUCCCGAGUAUCUUGUGCGGUAUGCGCGGACCCUCGACGAUGCCGGCUUCAACUACACGCUAGUGCCAUAUGACUCGUCGUUUCUGGACCCCUUCACUAUCGGGGCCACCAUCGCUGCCGUGACGAAGCAUAUCAACAUCAUCAUCGCUCUCCGUCCCAACACGAUGUAUCCGACUGUGGCAGCCAAGGCUCUAGCCACGCUCGACCAGCUCAGUAAUGGCAGGGCGGUGGUGCAUUUGAUCGCCGGCGGCAGCGACAGCGAGCAGGCCCGCGAGGGAGAUUUCCUCACCAAGGAUCAGCGCUACGGCCGUAUGGAGGAGUACAUCCGCAUCCUGCGCCGUGCGUGGCAGUCGCCCGAACCUUUCGACUGGGACAGCCAGUACUACAAGUUCAAGCAGUUCAGGAAUCUGGUCCGGCCCGUCCGCCCAACGGGAAUUCCGAUCUCGGUAGGGGGCUCAUCAGCUGAGGCGUACCGAGUGGGCGGCUCGCUAGCCGAUAUCUUUGGUCUCUGGGGCGAGCCGCUCAAGGAAACGCGGGAGCAAAUCGACCGCAUCUACGCCGAGGCUGCGCGUGCCGGACGCCCGGAAACCGACCGGCCACGGAUCUGGGUGACGUUCCGGCCCAUCAUUGCGGAAACGGAGGAGCUCGCAUGGGCAAAGGCCCACCGCACGCUCGAGCUCCUCAAGCAGAACAAGAGGGAGGGCAGCGACGUCCCGCGGCAGAACGUGGGCUCACAGAGGCUGUUGGACAUUGCUUCCCGCGGCGACGUCCAAGAUCGCGCCCUUUGGUACCCUACAGUGACCGCCACCAAUGCUCGUGGCGCGUCGACCGCUCUCGUCGGGAGCCCGCAGACCAUCGUGGAUUCGAUCUUGGACUACAUCGAAUUGGGAGCGGACCUCAUAUCCAUCCGUGGCUACGAUAACCUGAAUGACGCGAUUGACUACGGCCGGUACAUUCUCCCUCGUGUGCGUGAGGCUCUUGCUGAGAAGGAAAAAAAUGGCAGUGCUGUCAAUGGUGAUUGA